CCCUCGCGUUACAACUGCAUUGAUCGGUGUUGAAACCCGUGCUUUAACGGGUUGGACAGUAGGCCGAAGCUCAAGGUCGCCCGCUGCAAGAUCGAAGGUUGAAGCUUCCAUUCUUCAAGCUAUUUUACCAGUCUCCUGCGUUACAACUGCAUUGAUCGGUGUUGAAACCCGUGCCUUAACGGGUUGGACAUUUGCGUACGCGGAGAGAGAAACUGCUCAACGGCUUCUGGCCACCUCUCUCGGUUACUUACAGAAUUUUGCAAAUGAUCCGACAAUAAAUAGCCUAGCAUGUGACAAAGCAAUUGAGCUAAAGAAAUGGAAGGAAAGUCGUUGUGCUAAUGAAUACUGGCAAAAUAUUGAGAUAGAAGAAGCCAAACAAAAGACUCAGGCUGCGGAAAAUUUAUCAGAGUUGCAAAUCGAGGCUACAUUACAUAAAGAUACUGUCUACCAUUCUAGUGCAGUAUCAAAUCUGACUAAAAACAAAAUUACCGCAUUAAGUAAACGACCAAACUCCGAUGUUGAUUCUGAAGAUUUAAAAAACAACUCCUUUAUUGUAACAGAGGAGCAGAGUGAAGCCCCCGAACUUAUUGAUUCUCUCACAACACCAUCACAAUACACCGGUUCUAUAGAAGAUUUAGAACACAACCCCUUCAUUGUAACAGAGAAGCAGAAGGAAGCCCCCGAACCUCCCAUAACACCAUUAUCGAACAGGAACGUUCUCAAACAUCCCCAGCCCUCACGAGAGAAGUUGGAGGAUACCAAUGUGGAAUUGGUUCUGAAAAAGCCACAGGCUACUGAACAAAUCCACCCGCCCGAAUAUUCCGAAAACCCAUCAGAAAAGACUAUGCGUGAUGGAUACUCCACAACUCAAAAACAAUAUGAAAUCGACAUCGAGGAUGAUGAUAAUGUUGGAAACACAUCAAAAAGAAAAACAAAUGAAGAUGACAAUGAUGAAGAAUUGCUUGAAAAUGCCAUAUUUCUAUUCAACGAAUCGAAUGAAGAAUCAUUAAUCGAAAAGGUUGAUGGGAAUUCACUAUUGGAUGAGACUCGAUUGCCAUUAGGAAAUAUUAACUGUAGAACACCGGAGGAGUUCCUUGAUACAAAUUUAAUCGAAUCAUUUAAUAAAUAUCAAAAAAAAAUACCGAAAACUCGCAAGAUCCUAACCCCUGCAUAUUGGGGAAUAUUGGAUUUAACGAAAGAAAGUUUAAACAACUCCGGAAUAAAAAAUAAGGAGAUUGAAAAAUUAUCACAGAAUUUCUCCAAUAAAAUCGGAUGGACUGACGAUGUCCUUGUCUCCAAUGAAGUUCAAAAAUAUUUUGAUAAUAAUUGCGAGAAUGAAAAACAAGAUGUCAAGGAAGAACUGAAGAUGUGGACAACAGUUCCGUUAUUUUCUGGCAUUUUUACGUCGGAAAAUAUCAAAAACACUUGGGGUGAAAUCCAAGCGAUUUCAACAAACAAAGCACGAAACGAAAAUGCAAUAAUUUACGGAGAAGUUUCUGGGGGACUUGCUUCUUUUGGAAUACCUGCAUCCUGUCCAAAAAAACAGUAUGUUGACAAGGUGAAGUUAAUGGUCAUGUUGCGAGAUAGUCUUAAUCAGUUCUUCAAAGAUAAACGUCAUGUAAAGGAUAAACAACGUAAAGAAUUAACUGUGUACGGAUGGCUACAAAUCGGAAUCGAGUUAAAAAUAUACGCAAUGGACUGGCUCCGGAAUUUAUAG